CUGCCUAUUGCAUACUUUGAGGGGCAAAGUUCCCCUCUUUUACAUACCUAGAGGGAGAAAGGAGAGAGUGAAAAAGAGUUAUUAAAUAGUUUAAUUCUAAACGACUCUGAAAUUGGUAAUUUCACAUAAAUUUCUAGAUGAAUCACAUAGCCACAUAGGAACACAAAAGAAACAGCUCAACCACCCCCCGCAGUAAUCACACACAGAAAUACCAUCCAUUUGUAGCAGCAGCAACAGAAAUUAAUAUGGAAUACAAAGUGAUUGGACCCGAGCAUUAUGAUAAUGUCAUCAAACACUUGCGGAUGACAUUCUUUUCCGAUGAACCACUUAAUAAGGCGGUGAAACUUUGUCGUCCUGGCGAGGGACAUGACGAGCUGGAGAAGCAUUGCCUGAAUACGCUCAAAGAUGACAUAAGCCUGAUGGCUGUGGAUGCCAGUGUGGAUGGGGGACAAAUUGCUGGUGUCAUUUUGAAUGGCAUUCUCCGUCCCGGCGAGACCGAAGAGGCCCUCAAGAGUCUCGUGAAGAGUGACGAUGAGAAAUUUGUUAAAAUUCUCGAACUAAUCUAUCGACAAAUUUUGCGAGCCGAUCUCUUCAAUUGUUACCAUGUAGACCGCAUAUUCGAUGUGCGUAUCCUGUCGGUGGAUGGUCGAUAUCGGGGCCAGGGUGUGGCCAAGGAGCUGGUGCGUCGUUCCGAAUUGUUGGCCCAAACGUAUCGCUUCCGAUUGCUGAAGGCCGAUGCCACUGGCAUUUUCUCACAAAAGAUAUUGCGUACGAGUGGCUUCGAGAUGGCUUCCGAGCAAUUGUAUGCCAAAUAUAAGGAUAAAAAUGAUCAGUUAAUAUUGCCCGUUGAGGCUCCGCAUCUGAAGCUGCAGUUGUUGAUUAAACGCUUGAGGAAUUGUGAUAACGAGGAUAGGCACACAGAUCAAAGAGAGGAGGAGUAAAGGAGUCAUCAACUAUAUACGUUUA